CCGUGGAGAAAAUACAAUCAUGGUCAUAUUUUGCAGUACAAUGAUCUAAAAUAGUCGCCCUCUCGUUUUCUGCACACAUCCCCGUAGAUGCCAGCUGUCACUCGCUAUUAUUCGACUUUCCUAAUUCACUGGAUGCGUAAAUAAGAAGAAGAAAAAAAACAUUUAAUUUCUCUGCUACAACUGAGGCUGGGGCCCGGAGGAGAGAGGAGAGGAGAGGAGAGAGGAGCGCAGCGGCACUUAACUGGUUUUGUUAUGAGGGCCCGAUGCGCGCUCUGGCUGGCGUCGCGGAGCCCCAAUCAGGUGCCAUUACACCCGGUGUUUGAGAAUACCAUUGGCUGGUGGGGAAAGGAGCUGUGCGCAAAACCAACCCCGCUGCUCACACUCGCCUUACAGAAGCCGAGCUGAGAACAUCAUCCGCUUUGAGCGCUUAGGCGCAGUGAUUACAUCCUCGCAGAGAGAGAUAGAGAGAAAGUCCUGUUAUUCGCCAGUCUUUAUUCACAAGUUGCAUUUGUCGGAGGUUUCCGCGGCGCGUUAAUAGGAGGCUUUGUCCUUUUUUUUUUUUUUUUUUUCCUUUUUACCCUGUUCUCUUUUUUCCCGCUCGUGUGGAAUUUCCCGUGCUUUUGUGUGACUUUAUGUGAAGAAGGGGCAGUCUGUUCUGUGCACAGGGAGUGUUGGCUAUGCGUCCUGGCUCCAGCCCGCAAUGUUUGCGCUGACGCCAAAACUCACAGACCGGUGCAGAAUUGAUUAAAACAGAGGAGCUCGGAUCAAAUGGCUGUGCUUCUCACAGCUGAAACGACACAAUGUCCCAGUGACCCGAGGCACAGGAGAGGAAUUUCGCAGUCGGACAGCCUUGUUGCUGUUUAUUUCACUGCCUUUUUACGGACAGAGCUGAUGGGAAAUGCUCGUUUCUUGUAAGAAAAAGGAAUAACACUUUUUUUUUUCUUCCCCCCGUCUUGAAGUGCACUUUGUGAGAGGGAGAGGAGAUGAUCCGGUUAAUAUUCCUGCUCUCCAUCCUGGAUGGAGCUGUCUCCCAGCUGCACUACUCCGUGCCAGAGGAGCAGGAGCCGGGCUCCGUGGUUGGGAAUAUCGCAGAGGAUUUGGGGCUGGACAUUACCAAACUUUCCGCUCGCCGCUUCCAGACGGUGCCUAGUUCACGAACACCUUACCUGGAGGUGAACUUGGAGAACGGUGCGCUCCUGGUGAAGGAGAAAAUCGACCGGGAAGAAAUCUGUAAGCAGACCAUCCCGUGCCUACUGCACCUGGAGGUGUUUCUGGAGAACCCGCUGGAGCUCUUUCGCGUGGAGAUCGAGGUGAUGGAUAUCAACGACAAUCCGCCCAGCUUUCCCGAGACCGACAUUUCCGUGGAGAUAUCGGAGAGCGCCAUCCCCGGGACCCGUUUCCCGGUGGAGAACGCCUUCGACCCGGACGUGGGCACAAACGCGCUCAGCACAUAUGCCAUAACGAAUAAUAACUAUUUUUACCUUGACGUGCAGACGCAGAGCGACGGGAACAAGUUCGCGGAGCUGGUGCUGGAGAAGUCGCUGGACAGGGAGCAGCAGGCGGUGCACCGCUACGUGCUGACGGCGGUGGACGGGGGCAUCCCGCAGCGGACCGGGACGGCGCUGCUGGUCGUUAAAGUUCUGGACUCGAAUGACAACGCGCCCACCUUUGACCAGACUGUGUACUCGGUUAACCUGCGGGAAAACUCGCCCGUGGGCACUCUGGUUAUCCAGCUCAACGCCACGGAUGUUGACGAGGGACAGAACGGGGAGAUAGUUUAUUCCUUCAGCAGCCACAACGCCCCGCGGAUAAAGGACUUAUUCAACAUCGAUGCCAGAACAGGUAGGAUAGAGGUGGCGGGUGAGGUGGACUACGAAGAGAGCAGUACGCACCAGAUUUACGUCCAGGCGAAAGAUCUGGGGGCUAACGCGGUCCCCGCGCACUGCAAAGUGCUGGUCAAACUCGUGGACGUGAACGACAACACACCGGAGAUAGGUUUCAGCACCGUGACUGAAUCCGUAAGCGAGCAGGACGCCCCGGGCACCGUGAUCGCACUUUUCAGCGUCUCGGACCGGGACUCCGGCGAGAACGGACACAUGAGCUGCGAGAUCUUAGGAGACGUCCCUUUCAAGCUGAAAUCCUCUUUUAAAAACUACUACACCAUCGUGACGGACGGGCCGCUGGACAGAGAGAACACAGACGCCUACACCAUCACCGUGGUGGCCAAAGAUAAGGGUCAGCCGUCGCUCGCCACCAGCAAGUCCAUUAAAGUUCACGUCUCCGACGAGAACGACAAUGCGCCCCGUUUUACGCAGGCGGUUUAUGAUGUGUAUGUGACCGAGAAUAAUGUGCCCGGUGCUUUCAUCCACGCUGUGAGCGCUUUGGACCCUGAUAUAGGACAGAACGCUCUUAUUACCUACUCCAUAUUGGAGUGUGACAUACAGGGCAUGUCCGUGGACACCUAUGUGUCCAUAAACCAGGACACCGGCUACCUUUACGCGCUGCGCUCUUUUGAUUACGAGCAGCUGAAGGAGUUUAGUUUCAUGGUCCAGGCUAAAGACUCUGGUGCCGCUGAGCUCUUCUCCAAUGCUACUGUAAAUGUGAUCAUAGUAGACCAAAACGACAACGCUCCUACUGUAAUAGCCCCCAUCGGUAAGAACGGCACAGCCAAAGAGCACUUGCCGCGCUCCGCGGAGCCCGGCUACCUGGUGACGCGCAUCGUGGCCAUGGAUGCGGAUGAUGGCGAGAACGCACGGCUGUCCUACAGCAUCCUGCGGGGCAACGAGAUGGGGAUGUUCCGCAUGGACUGGAGGACAGGGGAGCUGAGGACAGCCCGCAGGAUCUCUCCAAAGCGGGACCCGCAGGGCUACUACGACCUGCUGAUCGAAGUGAGGGACCACGGGCAGCCCCCUCUGUCCUCCUCGGCCAGUGUGAGCGUGAUGUUAGUGGACAGCGUGGUCGAAGGCCGCAGCGGGGAUCGCGGCUCGGCCUCCAAGGCGAAGGAGACCUCCCUCGACCUCACCCUCAUUCUCAUCAUCGCCUUGGGCUCCGUGUCCUUCAUCUUCCUGUUGGCCAUGAUCGUGCUGGCCGUGCGCUGCCAAAAGGACAAGAAGCUCAACCUGUACACGUGCCUGCUGGCCGGUGACUGCUGUCUGUGCUGCGGCUCGUGCUGCAGCAGGCAGGCCCGCGGCCGGAAACAGAAGAAGCUGAGCAAAUCCGACAUCAUGUUAGUUCAGAGCACCAACGUGACGUCAGGGGUCGGACCCGUGGGGCAGGUGCCCGUAGAGGAGUCCGGGGUGGGCGGCGUGGGAGGGGGCUUCGGCUCCCACCACCACCAGAACCAGAACUCCUACUGCUACCAGGUGUGUCUGACACCGGAGUCCGCCAAAACGGACCUGAUGUUCCUGAAACCGUGCAGCCCGACCCGCAGCACUGACACUGACCACACCAACCCCUGCGGCGCCAUAGUCACGGGUUACAGUGACCAACAACCGGACAUCAUAUCCAACGGCAGUAUUCUCUCUAAUGAGACGAAACACCAACGAGCAGAACUCAGCUAUCUGGUGGACAGACCGAGACGCGUCAACAGCUCGGCGUUCCAAGAGGCAGACAUCGUCAGCUCCAAAGACAGUGGUCACGGCGACAGCGAGCAGGGCGACAGUGACCACGAUGCCACCAACCGGGGUCACUCGGCCGGCGCUGACCUGUUCUCCAACUGCACGGAGGAGUGCAAAGCCCUGGGCCACUCCGACCGCUGCUGGAUGCCGUCCUUCGUGCCGUCCGACGGGCGCCAGGGGCCGGACUACCGCAGCAACCUGCACGUCCCCGGCAUGGACGCCACGCUGCCCGACACUGAGGUACCCUCCUCCGUCAACCUCUCCGAGCAACUCACCAUGACCUCGUCCACCGCCUCGUCCAGCGAUAGGUCAUUCUCCACCUUUGGCAAGGACGGUCAAAGGUCACAGUCACACCACAGCCUUCACCAUCACCUCCAUCAGCAACAGCAGCAGUACAGCUCCAGCACGCUAGAGAGGAAAGAGUAUGAUAGGGGGACCCUACCGUACAAACCCACCUUUCUCUCCCGCAAAAGGAUUUGCUAGCUCGUUCCACGUGGACCUGUCGGAGACAGCGUGAAUUUCUGUACUAGACCACCAACACUGAUGCUAGAGACAGCGAAAAAACAAAACUAAACAAACGGCAACCUGGACAACUACAACCUUGGCUAAGCUUCAUUAUCUCGGGUGGCGAACUGUAACAAAGCCUUGGCGGUGGUCGCCGGGGGAGGAGAGGAGAGAUAAAUACUGAGUAGCUGUAAACCUCUAGAUAUGUGAGGAGCAAUCCAAGGCCUUAUUCCUCUCAGCAGGACUGAGACCGGGGCCCGCAACGCUCGACAUGUGGUGAAAAUUAUAAAGUCAUCAGCAGCAGACGAGAGGAGAGGAACCGAGACGGACAGAGGAAUACAAAACAAGAAGAAGGAGAAGGAGAAGACGAGGGACCGAUCAACUCACAGAGGUGUUUUUUUUUCCUUGAUUUUGGUUUUUUUUUGGUUAUUUCUUUGGACCGAGGAGUUAGCCUCUAGAGAUCUGUGUGUGCCUGUUUACAUGAAGAAAAAAACAAAAAACAAAAAACUAAUGUUUCUGUACAAACUUCAACCAAUGUCACACGGAACCCUUUAGCUAUUUCUAUGGUCACCACUAAGCCAACUGUACAGAGACUGUUUGGGGGAAAAACAAGGAGGCUGAGCGAGAGACAAGACAAUUAGACAGACAGCGAGCGAGAAAGAGAGCGAGCAGGUGUUGUACAGGUCUUAACAAGACGCAGAAAAAAAAGGAUAAGGGGGACAAGCAGAGAUGAUGUGCAGUACUAUAAAUUCUGUAUCUCCGGUUUUUUGACUUGACUGUCUUUAUAUAACUUCUCUUUUUUGUUUCUGUUGUUCUUUCUGUGUGGUUAAAGUGUGCAGACUCUAACGUAAUCCAACAUACCGUUACGGACAGGAACAUGCGGUCCGGAGAACGGGUUCAGUCCUCUUUCGAGGUUAGCCACUUCAGGAAGGAGUUUUUUUUUUGUUUUGUUUUGUUUUUUAACAGACCCAUGCACUGGAAAAAGGAGACUAAAACAAUCCACAUGUCCAGUCUAUACCACGAUAAAAAUAUCACAAAUGAAUGUUCUCAUUUCGAAACUAGUGACUAACAUGUUCUCGAGCUCCUUCCUGAGCUGACUACGGAGAAAGUGAAAUGGCCCUUUUACCAGGAUGUGGUUCCCUCGAUGCCAUUGGCCUAUACAUAAACAAUCAGACACACUCAGUGGUUUUUAUCAUGUGUGCAAAGUGUUUACUGUGCUAUUUUAAAGCUUAUAAAUGAAUAUAAAUCUAUAUAUAUAACUAUAUAUAUAUAUACAAUAUACUUUUUUCUGAAAACUGUGUAACCAUUGGUUAGUUUCUACACCUCAUAAUGUCAUUCAAUCUAAUAAUACCAAGUGCUACAAAAUCAAGACUUGUAUCGAUCAAAGCGAGGAGGAGCGCCUCGUUGUGGAAAAAGCGAACCCCUCUCACACCAACCAAGGAUUAAGUUGAUGUUCUUAUUUGAUUGUUACUUUUCACAGUUUACAGACGCUGGGCCUUGUUGUGUGUAGCGAAGACACCAGUUGAGUUGUUUUGGCCUGUUGUGUAUUUUUACUAGCAGAAUAUGUGUUCAUGUACAGGAAGGGGGACUAUCACAAUUAGGCUAGAUAUCAAAGGUUUUACAAUCAUACGGGAGAGACACACACAGACAAUACAUGGUUAGGUGCACACACACACACACACACACACACACACACACACACGAGCACACGUACACACAGGUCAAGUGGUGAUAAAUAAACA